AGUAGCGGCACAGUUUCCCGGGUGACCGCCUCACGGAAGAGGCGGGGCUAAGGCCCUGGUCACCACUGCCGGACUCCUGCGGGCCGUGGUCAGGCAACGCGGCGCCCCCGAGAGUCAGCCAGAAACCGGCAGGGGCAUAUCGGGUCCAAGCUUGCCACUGUCGGGCCAUGCCUGGGGACUCCCCAUCAAUUUGGGAUCUGGUAGAGGAGCACGUUCCGCUCCCGGAGCUACCCGAAGUGAAGAGGAUUCUGGGGGAGACGACGGUGGACCUGAGCCUAGAGCUGCGGGCAGAGGUGGGGAGAGUGGGAAGGUGGGUCACACCGCAGGUCCGUGCCACCUCUCGGGUGAUUUCCCCAGUUCCUCCGGGUUCCUGGCUCUGCCGGUUCUCCUUGCAGGUGAUGAUGUUACGGUCCCUGCUGGAAGAGGCUCGAUCCUCCCAAGCCCCUGGCUCUCGCCACACCUCUGACGCCUCCUCCCUUCUGGCACCAUCGCCCUUGCUAAGAGACCUCGUGCGCCAGGAACUACGGCAGCUGCUCCAAGGUCUUCGCCAGAAAGCCAUCUAUGAGGGCAGGGACCAGAACCAGGCUUGGGUCCAGUAUAGCCCCAGGGUCCUGCGCUUUGCCUUGGAGGAGUCCAGGUGUGAUUUUCCAGGACAGGAGAUAUUCCAGAUGAGAGCUGAUGAACCCAGCAGCUGUCACAGGGACUUCAGUGUCAUCAAGGACCAACUGAACAUGUCCAACAUCGAUCAGGUUGCCGGACACCUGCGGGGCCUCCUGGAGGAGGAGUGUCGCACCUUGGAGAGGGAGAUCCCUAUUCUGCAGCGCUGCCUGGAAGAGGAGUACACAGGGGCAUCCCAGCCCUCUGAAGCAACCCUAGAGCCCACCCUGGCAGAACUAAAGGAACAGAAGGCGGCCAUGCAACAGGAUCUGCAGACACCCCUGAGGCCUCCUUGCAUCGCCCUGAGCCACAGGCAGCAGCCCUUGGGGUCCUCUAGCCAGGGCCUCAGACCCUCGCCUUACCUCUGCGGAGCUGCUGGAGUUUGGGCCAAGCCUCUCCAGCGAUACCUACCUGCUCCUCCUCUGGAACACAGGCCUCAAGGCCUGGCUGCCACCCACCGCUGGGGACGGAAGCUUCAGUGCAGCCCCAGAAGGCCAGCUUCCACCCCAAUGUCCAGUGCGGUGCCCCAGGCCCCAACCUGAUGGGCUGGGCACGAAGGCGGCUUUGGCUUCUGCUGGAACUCGCCCCAUCUGCUACCACCAUUUCUCAGUUGCCAUGGCCCAACCUGCUUCAGAUCUGGUCUUGGAUAGGACCCCAAGGCUGUCCGUGUGUCUGACCCUUGCCCUACCCCCCUGCCAAGGUCCUGGCAUUAGGUCCUGACCAUCACAGCCUUUGGCCUUUCUUCUCUGAGACCUCUGAGCAGGCCUGGCGAGAGCAGACUGUGCGGGGGUCUUGUCCCAGCCCCCACUCCUGUCUCUCCGGGGCACCCAGACAAAGCACAGUGGCAGCUCAGAGACAGGAAUAGAAAUUUCAUUAAAAUCUAUGGACUUUAAAA